AUGGGUGUGCAAGUGAUUUCUUCGUACGAUCAAUUCAAGCAGGUCACCGGCGGUGACAAGGUCGUUGUGAUCGACUUCUGGGCGACUUGGUGCGGCCCUUGCAAGAUGAUUGGUCCCGUCUUUGAGAAGAUCUCGGACACUCCUGCGGGCGACAAGGUCGGCUUCUACAAGGUCGACGUGGACGAGCAGAGCCAGAUUGCGCAGGAGGUCGGUAUCCGCGCGAUGCCCACGUUUGUGUUCUUCAAGAACGGCCAGAAGAUCGACACCGUUGUCGGCGCUGACCCGUCGAAGCUGCAGGCCGCCAUCACCCAGCACUCGGCGUAA